CCCGCCCUGCUACAGGCUGAAGGGGGCGCCCACGGCCAAGUGCCUUUGCUUGAGAUCCCGACGGCCAGGUAUACAGAAUAUCCAGAUAGUGGCUACACUUCUACCCCUGGUUUGGCUGCCAUGCAUCAUGGGCGAGCUAUUGGUAAAGGGCCCUCUACUGCCACACAGACUAGCCAGCAACCUCCUCGACUUCUCAUUGUGCACAUUGCUUUACCAAACUGGGCUGACAUCUGCUCCAACCUCUGUGAGGCUCUGCAAAACUUUUUUUCUUUAGCCUGCAGCUUGAUGGGCCCCAGUCGCAUGUCUCUCUUUAGUUUAUACAUGGUACAAAAUCAACAUGAGUGCAUCCUUCCUUUUGUGCAAGUAAAAGGGAACUUUGUUAGGUUGAAGGCUUGCAUUUCAGAGCUUCGCAUGAUAGAGACAGAAGGUUGUUUCCGACCACAAAGCACUUCUCUACAGCUGGCAAUACAGGAUGGACUCCAGCAAUUCAAACAAUACAGCAGAUAUGUGACCACAGGUGCUGCUCUGCCCUACACUUCCCUGGAGAUUACUGUCCUGACUUCCCACCCUGGAAAAGAAGUGGUCAAACAACUGGAGGAAGGGUUGAAAGAUAUAGAUCUGGUCAGGGUCAGAAGGCUUCAAGUUGUUGAAAUCACAAAGGGAAUCCUGGAGCUCAUGGACUCAGCAUCUCCAGUUGAAGAGCCCAGCAAUGAUGAGAGUUCUAUCCUGGGAACUGACAUUGAACUUCAGAUUAUAGACAACGAUGUUAUCAGCAUGGAAUUUUUCUUCAAAGCCUGGCUGCAUAACAGUGGAACAGACCAAGAACACAUCCAUCUCCUUCUUCCUUCACAGUGUUUCAACAACAUUUCCAGUGCCAGGGAUAAUCCAAUGUGCCUGAAAUGUGAUCUCCAAGAGCGACUUCUCAGCCCAUCCCUGCUCCCUGGUACAGCUGACAGUGCCUCCAGAAUGGAUGACCCCAAAGGAGACCUCAGCACGCUCUACCAGAUGGCUUCCCAGUCCUCAGCCUCUUGUUACAAACUCCAAGUAAUCAAGGCUCUAAAAUCUAGCGGACUCUGCGAGUCAUUGACAUAUGGACUCCCCUUCAUCCUCAGACCCACAAGCUGUUGGCAGCUGGACUGGGAUGAGCUGGAGACAAAUCAGCAGCAUUUUCAUGCUUUGUGUCACAGCCUUCUGAAAAGAGAAUGGAUGCUAUUGGCCAAAGGGGAACCCCUGAGCCUAGGACACAGCCAAAGAGUUCCUGCCAGCACCUUCUAUGUGAUAAUGCCAUCGAACUCGCCCACAUUGCUGGUGAAGGCUGUGGCCACACGGGAACUCAUGCUGCCCAGCCCCUUCCCCCUGCUGCCUGAGGACCCUCCUGAAGACAGCCUUAAGACUGUGGAGAGCAUACUGGAUGGCCUGGAGCUGGAGCCCACCUAUAGCCCACUACAGGUUUGGAGCCAUCUGUACUCACACCUGAGCAGCACUUUUGCCAAGCCUCAGGGGCGGCUUUACCCAAACUGGGAGAACAGGACUCCAAGAAAGGCUGGGCAGUUGCAGACCAACAGAGUUCGUGCCACAGUGCUCCCCCUGCCAAUGACUCCAGCCCUGAGCACAGCCCCCAAGUUGCCAGCAACCAGCAAAGCUUCCUCAGAAGCCUUCUUCCGGCCUUCUGAGUGGAGGAAAAGUAUCCCUCAUGGCCCUGAGUUACUAGCACCAGAGUGUAGCCACCCUACUCAGCCACCACAUCCAUGCCAAGACCCGCACAAUGGCUAUCUGUAAUCACACCUGCCCUCUAUCCACCUGAGCCUCCGUGAGCUCAGGCGAAGAAAGAGCCUUUCCUUUCUCUGUCCUCUAUGCUGCCACUGCCCCACUCAGGCUGAGAAGCAACACACCCAAGCCUAUCCCUUCUCCAGCAGGGACCCUUGUUUUCUUUUCAAUCAUUUGAUACUAUUGUCACAGAUGAAGAUUAAAUGCCUAGUAAACCUUCACCAUUGUUAGGAGCA